AAAACUUAUAGUUUAUACCUGUUUGGUUUUUCUAAUAAAAUUCUAAAUAUGAAUGUGUUAUUCUCAAUAUUAACAAGUAAAUAUUGAAAGUAAAAUAAUUUACUAACUUUUGAACGUACGCCUUACUAGCUGUCAUUGUCACUAUGACAAAUUUGUCUUUCUUGUCUUGUCAAUAGAUAUAGAUUCUUAUAAUAUAGCAAUCUUGGCAUUUUUGUAGCUAAGUAGUUGAAUCGCCCUGAUUUUUACUAAAAUUAAAUAAAGGAGUCGUCAACAACUAUGGCUAAACAAGAAAAGUUCUUCGGCCCGCUAACACUGCACCAGAAAAGCGAGAAACCUACGAUUUUUAAGGACAAUGAGACUCGUGAAUGUCAAUGUGUUCUGUGUGAGGAGAAGUUCACGGUUCCUGAUGCUGAGAAACCUUUGCUUACACAUUUCUUCAUGGAACAUAGGCUGGUUAUAGCCGAUGUGAACCAAAUAGCCGAUUUGUACGAGUACUUAAGAUACUGGCGAUUGAGGUUUAAAGAUGAAAGUCUUCCUUACUUCUGUACUACAAUGUUAUUGGACAGCAAGCCUGAUGGAACAAAAUCUAAAGACGAGCAAUACUACUUGCUCAGCGAUGUUCUACCCGAAGACAAAGAGUUACGGUCAAACUUGCAACAAACAAAACUAGAAAAACUACUGCAGCGACACCAGUUUGAACGGGAAGAUAAAAAUUAUGAAAAAGAAUGCCUAUUUUGCAGAUAUGUCUCUAAAGAUACUAGAGCCAGUUAUUUGAAUCAUUUGUAUGAAAAACACAACUUUCAUAUAGCUAAACCGGACAACCUUAUUUUCAUAGAUGACCUCAUAGAUACUGUAGCAUCCAAGCUAGAUAAUCUACAAUGUAUCUACUGUGAAGGUUCCUUUAAAGACCGGAUUAUUCUCAAAGAACAUAUGCGGAAAAAAGGACAUAAAAGAAUUAAUCCGGAAAAUAAGGAGUAUGAUAAAUUCUUUAUGGUUAAUUAUAUAGGUGACAAACAAAGUAAGCAUAAAUAUCAGAAACACCAUAAUCAGAAACAUCAAAGAAUGCCAAACCCUCCAGAGGAAAAUGACCGUGAUUCCAAUGUAGAUAGUGAUCCGGACUGGUCAGAAUGGACUGAAGAAAACGGCCCACAGAUAACUUGUCUCCUCUGCGAGCAUACAGAAAUGGAAUACGAGAAUAUUCUAGACCACAUGGAACGUAAACAUGAUUUUUCAUUUACAAAAUCUACUGCAGGCUUAGAUUUCUACCACAAAAUCAAGAUAGUCAACUUUAUUCGUCGGCAGAUACAUUUGAAACAGUGUUUAUAUUGUGAAACAAUUUUUGAUGAUUCUCUAAAUUUAGAGAAACAUUUAAAAGAAAUGAAACACUGGGAACUUAAAAAAGUAAAAUGGGACCAGCCGGAAUAUUAUUUCCCAACAUACGAAGAUGACUUGUUCCUGUGCUUUAUCCAUGAUGAUGAUGAAAGCUGGUGGUCAACCGAUGAACAGGAAGCUGAGAGGACUGAUAACAGAAAUUGUGAUUAUAUUUCGAAAGAAAUGGCUAUGUCUGUUUUAAAUGAAUAGAAGGAAGCUAACUCUGCAAGGCAAUUGCAAUAUAAAGUGUGGCAAUGGCAUCAUUAAUUUCUAAUUUUAUGAUGUUUAUAAUGAAAUUGAAUUCUUAUAAUUCCAGUUCAGAUAGAUUUAAAAUAGAGAUAGAUCACAAUAAGUUUUAUGGCAAGUAUCAAGUUAAUAGGGAUAAGUUUGAGCAAAGUUAGUGUGGUCAGAGUCUAUUAGAUUGUUUCAAAAGCAGUAGUUUGAGUAAGCAGUUUACCCUCAUAAUGUAACACAGUGCAAUAUGUUUAGGUCAUCAUUAUACAGGACGUUUUUUUAAAUUACCCGCAAUGUUUUACGACAUUUUCGGGAGAGUAAUUUUUUUUGCGAUUUCGGUGUUGGUCCCAUAGUAAAAUUUGCUCAGUAUGGCCUAUAUCAGUGGUGGGCAAACUUUCUUCACUAUUUAUUUUUUACACAUUAUUUUGAAGGACCGGCGGCGGGUCAGACUAAAUCCUUUCCCGGGCCGGGCUCUUAUUCACAUUGUAAAAUAUUUCAGUUUAUUAAAAAACAUCCGUGAAACAAAAGUGGACAAUAUAUACUUGAGUUGAGUUAUGUGGUGAGUGAGUGUGUGUGAGUAAUGAUUUUGUCACAUAUGUUCAGGUUAUUUAGGCUGAUGCAGACCCCGUUAACAAUGUUGUAAUUAAUUGUAGAUCAGCGUUGGAAAAAGUAUCUACCAUAGGGAACCCCAUAUUCAUUGGUGCUUAACUUAAUUUUACCAAGAAAUUGAUAUCCAUUGAAUUCACAAUCAAAAGAUGCGUAUAAAAGAAUAUCUAAAAUGAAUAGGGGAUAUAAAUGCAACGUUCUGCCGCCAGAGUGCAGCACUAGCACCUAUCCUAAACCAUAGACCAUAGACUAAUUUAUACAUACUGUGCCUUAAACAGUUUUUUGACAAGUGUUCACAGAUAAUAAAAUAUGACAUUGAUGCAUCAAGGCGGUUUGUUUACAAAGGGCCUACCGGGAAACGCGAAACUCUAAAUUUAGUUAUCUGCCUCUUUAUCGCUCGAAUAUGCAAGAGUGAUAGGGAGGUUAGAUAACGAAAAUUUCGAUUUUCUUGUUGCGGUAGACCCUCAGAAUGUGGUAGCGGCGCCCCCUACGCAGAGCUUCAUGUAAUAUUCCGUAUUAUGGAUACUUAGAUAUAUAGAAUACUCUUUAGUGGUGUGCCUCAGUAAAAGAUACAGCUUAAGCCUUAAAAAAGGCAGAAGGAAUAUAUUUCCCACCAGAUUUUGGACUUUAUUUUAAAGUGAUAGGGUUCAAUUUUGCAUAAUUUCUCACAUUCUUAUGCCUUAUAAAGGGUAAAAGAAAAACAAUUGGUUAAAGAAAGAGGCAGAAUAGGAGGCAAUAUUUUCGCCACCCGUCCCGAACUUCGCCUUAUAACUGUUUUUAUUGUGAAAAUUAUACUAAAACUUAUUCCAAAUCCCAAAUGUUGAUUACGCCCUUGAAUCCCACAAUACAAUUUAUAGCAGAAUUAGGAUUUGAUGCUAGUUACGGUGAAGCUAUAUUAGCACUAAAGGCGAAUUUAGGGUAUAUAUUUUUGCCAACCCUGAUUUGCAAUGAAUUAUAACAUUGAUAACGGGAUUUGGUCUCUGGAUCCGCACGCUAUUACCACUCCGGAACAAAAGCAGGACAUCGCUAUAUACGUGCAUAGCGCUGUCUUGCUCACACACCGGAGCACCGUGCGAAUCCGCAUCAGUGAUAACUUGAUAAGCGCUUAAGAGGGAAGUAUACCACGUGUUUUUUAAUAUGUUAUUGAAAUAAUAAAAAAAAACUUGGUUUACAAGGUUUCUUUUUUUCAAAAUUUGCAAAACGAAAAAAAGCGAAACCCUUAUACCUAGAAUAUAUGCUGAAGCGAUCGACAUCAAAAUCAAAGUGAUCUGUAAAGAUUUUGUUAGUGGAAACCGUUUUCUCCCAAAAUUGAAUUUAAUAGAAAAAAUACCGUUAUUUCGUUAGGAUCUAUUCUUCCCUCUUAAGACAUAAUGGAGGACCGCCUCUGCAUACAAACAUAAUAUCCAUUUUCUUUCCUGUAUUAAAAUAUAACCUCGUUAUAAUAAAUGUAUUCUUUAAUGUAAAUCCAGAGAGGAAAAUGGGGAAGCGGUCACGUAACAUUGUCCCCAUUAACUCUUAAGGGUCCAAUAAAAAAAUUGCCAACUUUGGGCGUGAUGAUAUAAGAUUUGACCAUGUAACAUACAUUACAUUUAGCACGUCAUAUAUUGCAACUAAAUACAUACUAAUAUGUUACAACGGGUCAUCACGUGUUUUAAGUCGAUAACGCUCGAAAUGUUUCACUCCGUUCUGAGGAGUGUCGUCAGGAGCUUGACCAGUUGUAACAUUUUAAUAUCUGUGUCUCACGGAAGUUAUGUUAUUAAAAUUUAUAUAUGUACGUAUGUAUGUCACUUUAUUGUACAUAAAUAGGUUAAUAUAAAACAGACAAAAUUAAACAAGAAAACAAAUGUUAUGUACAAAGGCGAACUUAUCCCUAAAAGGGAUCUCUUCCAUCUAACCUUUGAGGAAAUGCGAAUAGAUCGAACACUAACAGGUGAAAGACAAAUCAAUAUUAAGAGUAGCAAUAUGAGAAUUUUGGAUACACAUAAAAGUAGGACGUGAGCAAUCAAUAAUAAUAAAAUAAAAUAAAAAGUAGAAAACCCGUAGAAUAAAUACGCAAACGAUAACAUAUACAUAAACCUAUAUACAUCUAUAUAUAAAAUACAUAUAAUAAAAUUUAAAUACGAUAUUAAUAAUAUGUAACACACUUUUUUAUAAAUAAUUCACUGAACUCUUUUAUAGAGUAGACAGGGUUUUUCUUCAAAAAACUCUGGAUUUUGUUUUUAAAAUCCUUCUCUGAUAAAGAGGUUAUAUCUGUAGGCAGUAGGUCUUAUAAAUAAAUUAACUAUGAUAGAAUUUCCUUGCUUGUAUAAUCUCUUAGUUCUAGAUUUAGGCAUACAUAGCUGUUCGUUAUUCCUCUUAUUGUAUCUAUGAAUAUCUUUCUUAUGUUUCAAAUUAUCCUUGUGCAUUUCUAGAAGACUAUUGUAUAUAAAAAGUGAGAUAACGGUCAUUAUCCGGUCCUUCGCAAAAUAUAUUUUAGCUGACUGAUGCUUACGUAAGUUAUUUAAUAUUCUAAUUGAUAGUUUUUGUAAUUUAAAUACUCUCUCGAUAUCUCCUUCGUUUCCCCAUAUACUAGUUGCAUAGUUUAUAUUAGCUUGAAUGUAUGCGUAAUAAACAGAUAACAACGACUGUUUAUUCAAUUAUGAUUUAAGUUUUAACAGUGCAUAAUUUCAUUUAGAAAAUUUGGUGUUUAUGACCAAUUUUACUGUCUAUUUCAUACCCCAAAAAUGUAGUGCUGGAUUCAUUCUUCUGCUUCUAAGAAUAAGUAUAACAUUUUGAAUUUUGUCUAUAUUGUCACGUGUAUAACUUCCUUUUAUUCCAACGUGCGUAUCAUCCGCAAAAAGAGUCACCAUUACAUCGUUUGGUAGACUUGCUGGCAGGUCGUUGAUAUAUAUGAGAAAUAGUACAAGUCCCAGUAUUGAUCCUUGUGGUACGCCUGUAUCUAUUUGUAAACAAUUAGAGGUCAUUCCAUUCACGUUUACUAAUUGCUUUCGGUUUUCUAGGUAAUUUUUCAAAUUCAUAUUUUGAUCCAAGAAACCAGGAGAAUGAUAGUUUCUGUAAGAUAAUUUCGUGCCUUAAGCAGUCGAACGCCUUUGAUAGGUUCACAGGAGAAACAUAAACUUAUUAAUGACUAGGUAGUUUGCAUUUAUUUAUUUAGCAUCUUGUAAAUAAAAUAGUUUAAAUGUA